UAAACAGAAUCAGUCUGAAGCUUAUUUCGCUGGUGAAUAUGAUGGUGUACGUCAAGAAAAUAUAAUACUUACACUUUUUUUCAAUUAUAGGUCAGUCGCUUCCUCAUGCUGCUGCCACAACGUAAACACAGCCAUGUGACAAUUCGGAGCUGCGCGCAAAGCUUGACGAACCCACUGGCACUGGUCCCACGAUUAGCCCGAGCUGGUACCAGUGGCCACUGGCCAACCAACGUGCAUGCGUACUUGUCUCUCCAUUGUGAAGCGUGAACUCAUCAAAUCCUUUCUGGGAACGUCUGCAUUUGCAUUAUAAUACGGCCUUCCCUGUUUCAAUUGUGGAUUUACUCUUGCACUUUGUUGUCGUUUGAAAUAUCAGCGCGUGUCAUAAGCUACCCAGAAGGGAGGGCUACAUUUUAUGCCAAGUGAAUCGCAUUCUGCGCGGUGUAUUUUUUUGUCAGGUCUAAAAUAUCCGAUCUCAAGCCGAUAACUUUCAUCAACAAACGAGUUGAGUUUAGGAGCACAUUAAUGCGUACAGUACACGGACCUACUUGCCAUAAGGACAUCUGUCAGAAUCCGAAUAAUGUUUUUGCAGUGAUUGUUUUGGUAUCAUUUACCACACUUCCACUGUUGCCAGUCUAUCUAGCACGAGAGUAGCCAAAGUAACGCUUUUUAAAAACGAUUUAGUGAGUCCAGUUGUUUAGAUAAUUCUAGAGAAAUAUGGGAAGCACAGCAAAUGACUCCAAGAAGAGAGACGCGAAGACACCUAGAAAGAAGAGGACGCUUCGAUUGAACAUGCCCGACCUCGGCUCAUUUGCCAUGCCCUUCUUGGAGGGAGAUGCCGACCAUGUGGAUAAGGCCGACAUACAGAAGGAUGAUGGGAGUUGCCACUCAGCCAGCCCGACCAAAGGCUUCUUCGCGCGGGGGCCCUUCAGUCGGCCCUCCAGUCCCAAGUCGGCCCCUGCUAGGACCAAGAACAGCCCAGGCUCCCCCAAAACCAUCUUUCCCUACCCUUCGUACCACCAGGACUCCCCACCCAAGUCGCCUCGUCGCCUGAGCUUCAGCGGCAUCUUCCGCUCCUCCUCCAGAGACUCUAACUCCACCUCUCCCAUCAGCAUCAAGCUCUUCUCCAGGGCCAGGAAAGCCUCCGGGAUCUCAUCGCCUCCCUCAACUCCUCCGACGCAGGCCGCCAAGCAGCCGCCGGCGUUCCCGCUCGAGGCCUAUCGGAGCGAGCCGGAGAGGCUGGAGGCACGGAUGCGCUCCUACUCAUCCCCGCCAGACACCGGGCAGCGCUUCAGUCUACGCUGCUCCAAACCACCCAUGACUCCCUCCGCCCCCAUCGCUAACUCACGAUCACGACCAGUCCACGGUUUAGCUGAAGGCAUGCUGGAGAAACUUGAUCUAGAAGAUGAAGCUUUUGAAGAAUCCGAAAGUGAUAUCUACAUGCGCUUUAUGAAGUCACACAAGUGCUACGACAUUGUUCCUACCAGCUCUAAGCUCGUGGUUUUUGACACUACUCUGCAGGUAAAAAAGGCCUUCUUCGCCUUGGUUGCCAACGGGGUGCGGGCAGCCCCACUAUGGGAGACAAAGAAGCAGAGCUUUGUCGGAAUGUUAACCAUCACAGACUUCAUCAACAUCCUCCAUAGAUACUACAAGUCUCCCAUGGUACAAAUCUACGAGCUGGAGGAACAUCAGAUUGAAACAUGGAGAGAGCUCUACCUACAAGAAACCUUUAAGCCAUUAGUGAACAUAUCACCUGAUGCGAGCAUAUUCGACGCGGUGUACUCGCUCAUCAAGAACAAGAUCCACCGGCUGCCCGUCAUCGACCCAGUCAGCGGCAACGCGCUUUAUAUCCUCACGCACAAGAGGAUCCUCAAGUUCCUCCAGCUCUUCGUGUGCGAGAUGCCCAAGCCUGCCUUUAUGAAGCAGACUUUGGAGGAACUAACCAUCGGGACCUACCACAACAUUGCCUUCAUCCACCCCAACACACCCAUCAUCAAGGCCCUCAACAUCUUUGUGGACCGGAGGGUGUCCGCAUUGCCAGUGGUGGACGAGUCAGGAAAAGUAGUGGAUAUCUAUUCCAAGUUUGAUGUCAUUAACCUUGCUGCUGAGAAGACCUACAACAACCUGGACAUCACGGUGACCCAGGCUCUGAGGCAUCGCUCACAGUACUUUGAGGGCGUCAUGAAGUGCAACCGGCUCGAGACACUGGAGACCAUAGUGGACAGGAUAGUCAAAGCAGAGGUCCACAGGCUGGUUGUGGUGGAUGAGAAUGCCCGGAUCGUGGGCAUCGUGUCCCUGUCGGACAUCCUGCAGGCCCUGGUGCUCGCCCCUGCAGGUAUCUGCAGGAAGAACAGCCAACCACAACCAGAAGUAGAAGCAGAGGCACCACCAGCAACAUUAGUAGAGGCAGAACCAGAGGUAGAGGUAGCAGCAGAUACAGAACCACAGGAAGAGGCCACAGCAGAGGCACCACCAGAGAUGUUAGUAGAGGCAGAGGUAGAGGUAGCAGCAGAUACAGAACUACAGGAAGAGGCUGAAGCAGAGGCACCACCAGAGAUGUUAGUAGAGGCAGAACCAGAGACUGCGGAACCACCAGAAACAUUGGUAGAGACCGAGGUAGUGGUGGCUGAACCAGCAGCUGAGGUAGAAGCUCUAGUGGAAGCUGAGGUGGUGGUGGAAGAUGAAGCAGAGGUGGAAGGUAAGACUGAGAUUGAGGUGGUGGUGGAAGUAGAAAUCAAGACUGAGGUAGUGGAGGUUAAGGGUGAAACUGAGGCAGAGAUGGCGGCUGAGGUGGAGGUUAAGGCUGAAACCAAGGCAGAGGAAGUAGAGGUUAAGUCUGAAGCUGGGGUGGUGAUGGUAGAGUUGGUGGGGGUUAAGGCUGAAACCGAGGCUGAGGUGGGGAUGACAGAGGAUGAAGCAGAGAUGGUGGUGGAGAUCAAGACUGAAACUGAUGCUGAGGUGGAGGUUAUGGCUGAAACCGAGGCUGUGGUGGGGAUGGCAGAGGAUGAAGCAGAGGUGGUGGUGGAGAUUAAGGCUGAAACCGAGACAGAGGCUGAGGUGGGGAAUGCUGAGGCCGUGGCGGAGUCUGAGGCAGUAGUGAAGGUAGAGACUGAAGCUGGACCCAAGGAUGCUGAGGAAGGAGAGGCAGAGUGACAUCCAUGGCCGUUGCUACAAGCCGUACGUGACUGACCUGCCAUGACGCUGCUGUGAGAGGAAGUUGACUCAGGAAGAGGAGCGAGCUGAGAAAGAGGCUGGAUCUAAUUCUUGGGAUGGGUGGUUUAGUAGAAGUGUGACACUCCGGCUUACCAGGGUCCUAAUGGGUAAUUUUCUGUGAUUGGGGAGAUGGUCACAUGGGUGACUUUUUCGGGUUAACCAACCAGGGAUCACUUUACUAUAACUGGGUUGUGCCUCCCUUUUCUCCAGAUUGUGCACUAUAACACCCCCGUCCAUUUACCUCUGGAUCUUCCAGCAUCACCUGUCUGUGGGCCCAAUUCAGAAACAACCCGUAGUCCCUAUCUUCUAGGCACUUGUGUAGACUUGAAAGGAGUGGAUGGGUGUGAGCAAUGUGGCUAAUAUUCCACCUAGCCUAUCAGAGAGAAAGGCAGAGCUACCACCAUGUUGUCCUGUCUACACCAAGUGUCUACCUAGAGCAGUGGUUCUCAACCUUUUCUGAACCGGGGUGUACCUUAGGGUGAGACAAAUUCUGUGGCACACCUAAAAUGUCCCUAUUAAUCGAUAUUAGUGGAAAUUACCCCCAUUUCACCCAAACUGCUAUUUUCUGUGACAAAUGCUUUUCUUAUAGAUAAAUAGGGUUCAUUUGUGUGUAUCCAAGAGUGCCUCGUGACUCCGCGCUAGAAAUUUACAAAAAUGUAGCUCUUGGGAAAUAGGUAAUUCGUUUUGAUGCGUUUUGGUUAGAGAUGAGUUUUUUCUGCAUUGUAAAGAUGUAACCACCGAUAAAGCCAUGCUCCCCAUAUGUUUCUAUGGCAGAGGCUGUGGAACAGCUAAGCUUAAUCAGACUUGCCUGUGCUAGUGGUUCUCAGUCACAGGCAAAGUUUUUUUUAAUGAUUCAAAUGACUUUGCUUGUGAUGCGCAACCCUCGGAUGAUACAAAUUUUACAGCCUGAGUGCACCGGACUUGAAAUAUUUGAGUGUUUAAAUGAUUUUAAAAAAUGAUAAAAAUAAGAUUAGGGAAAAGUUUCAAGUUCCUCAAGGCACACUGGUUGAAAACCACUGGCAUAGAAGUUAGGGGCUAAGGAUUGUUUCUGGACAGGAUCAUAGUCUCAACCAUGAGCACACAAAUGGUUUGAAUAUCAGUCUUUUAAGCUUAUUUUUUUGUUCCAGUGUACUUCUACAUCUUUAUCAUGAUUCUGUCUGCUCUCCUCCUUCAGGGAGUGUUGUUUUUAGCUUUAUUUGCACAAGGUUAUGUGAACGUAACAGAGGCUCUCUGAAAACUAUACCAAUCCCCCUCCCGCCCUGCUAGUUAUGAUGUCCCUUUGACAACGGGCUGUGCUCGAUGUCCUGUCUUUAACGUCAUUGGUGCCUUUCGCCCCCACAAGUAGUCACACGUCAUUGGCUGAGAGAGAGCUGGAGAAUGUUCAAAAACGUGUUAAAACUGAAUGUGAGCGUUUCCAAAACCAAAAACAUGAUAUAUCACACCUUGUGUUUAUUUUGUUGAUGUUGAGAAUUUUCUAGAAUCAAAGUUUGUCUGUUAUAUUCCUGAAAUGUUAAUUUUGAAAUUAUGCUGUAAAGAUAUUCAAAGUUGUAUUUAUUAAAUCGUAUUUUCUCUGUGCUUAACUAUUUUAGAGGGUGGAAGAGAACGAAUGUGAGGUGACGGUAUGCUGACUUUGACUUUGUUGUUCAAUGCUUUUCAAGGAACAGCAGCUGCCUAUAUCCAACAUUUCUCUUUACUUCUCCAGUUACUUGGAGGCAUGCAAGAUAUCUUGUACUCUGUAUUGAUCAUAAUUUUUUUCUGUGUAUACAAUGCUGUAAAAUAAUGUUCUUCGUCAUUUAGAUUUUAUUUUUCCCUUGUGGAUUAGGUUGUGGUGUAUUGUUGGUGGUCUCAAUAAGGGGAUUAUCCACUGAAAAUGGAUAGAACUGGUUGAGUACGACAGUAUAAUGGUAAUACAUAUUGUACUUUUCAGUUUUAUUUUUUACUUUGCUGUUUGAAAAAGUAAUAAAACAUACUGUUGAAUCUUU